UAGUAAAGUCCAGCGCGUCGGAGGCGUGGCCAAAGGUCCCGCCCACUCGUCCUCCGGUGACUCCGGUACAGCUUGCAGAACCCCGGGAGAACAUACCAGAACCUUCAGUAUACGCCGACCGUCUCACACACACAUAUACACACCAAAGUCAUGCUCCCGGCAGCUGCCAAGUGGUACGACAGACGAGACUUUGUCUUCAUUGAGUUUUUGGUGGAGGACAGCAAGGAUGUUAAAGUAAAAUUUGAAAAAUCCAAAUUUGGUUUCAGUUGUCUCGGUGGGAUGGAUAACAUUGAGCACUCAAAUGAAAUCGAUCUCUUUGAUGCCAUUGAUCAAGACGGGUCCAAACACAGGCGCACAGACCGGUCGGUGUUGUGCUGUUUACGAAAAGUUGAGGGAGGGAAAUCCUGGCCCAGGUUAACAAAAGAGAAAGCAAAACCUAACUGGCUUAGUGUUGAUUUCAACAACUGGAAAGACUGGGAGGACGAUUCUGAAGAAGAUUUGUCAAACUAUGAUCGCUUUUCUGAGAUGAUGAACAACAUGGGAGGAGAUGAAGAAUUACCUGACUUAGACGGAGCAGAGGAUGAAUCAGCAGAUAGUGAUGAUGAGAAAAUGCCUGAUCUAGAAUAAAGUGACUGGUACAUUGUGAUUGAUAGACAGACAAGGGGAGGGAUGAACUACAAGUAAAAGGAGAUGCUGUCACAUAAAUGGUACAUGAUCUUAAAGAGAGCAAAGCUGUAUGAAUAUAAGACCAGUGGCAUUAUUAGCAUCACCUCUGUCCAUUCAGUGGCUGCACUCCAGAGGAUCGACAUAACCUUCUUUUGGAAGUUAAUAUGCAUAUUGUUGUACAGAGCUUCUUUAUCCCUCUCCUGAUGAGCAGUCCUGGCCCUUUUGUUUUGUUUUAAUCUGUUGUACUACAAAAAUAAGUAUACCUUAACUGAAAAUCUGCACUGUAUUCAUAUUUUUCAACUGAUAAGCAAUAGAUGUGAUGGAAAGUUACUUUUUUAUUGUAUGGCAUUGUAAUUAAAAUGGAAAAGUAAAACGUUUUUCUCUGACGAAACUUGAAACGGUAAUGGGAGUUUUGUCUUGUAAAAUCGUGUAGUUUAUGAUCUCGUGAUUAAAACAUGAAAAUAAGGAUUUCAGAAAUGAAGUAACAAUCAUUAUAAAAAAAAUUCUGGUCUAUGUAGACGGAUCAUCUUUUUAGCAUCACCUUCUUCCACUUCGCUAACUGGAAAUAGAUAAGCUUAGAUUGUUUCACAGUAUCUGUUGGCUCACUCCAAUUUCACAAGUCCUGUUUUAGAUGUCUUUAAUUGUAUGACAGCAGUUAAAGUAUAGCGUUGUCUUAAAGUUUUACGUGUUAAAGACAGAAAAGGAUGGGUAAUCUUUGCUUGUUUUCCAGUCUAAGAACAAAAUGACCAAAAUAAGUUUGCACUAUCAAAAAUGAGUGGGUACAAUAUUAGACAGAGUUAGUUUUGUGUGUAUAUUCACAUUGCUAGUUGAGUCCUAUCAAUGUUUUAUUUUUAAGGCUUUCAAUUUUUGUCUACAUUUCUAAUAAACUGCUCAAUGUUUGUCUUUUCA